AUGGCAAAGCACACGGUGUCAUCGGCGCGGUUCCGCCGGGUGGACAUGGACGAGUACGACGAGAACAAGUUCGUGGAUGAUGAGGAAGGAGGCGACGGGCAAGCGGGGCCCAAUGAGGGCGAGGUGGACUCGUGCCUGCGGCAAGGGAACAUGAUGGCCGCGCUGCAGGCGGCUCUGAAGAACCCUCCGAUCAACACAAAGAACCAGGCAGUGAAGGAUUGCGCAGAAAGUAUUGUCCUGAAGGUCCUCAUCUCUUUCAAAGCCAACGAUAUUGAGAAGGCGGUGCAGUCGCUGGACAAGAACGGUGUCGACCUGCUGAUGAAGUACAUCUACAAAGGCUUUGAGAGCCCCUCGGACAGCAGCAGCGCUGUGCUGCUGCAGUGGCAUGAGAAGGCCCUGGAUGCUGGAGGAGUAGGGUCCAUUGUCCGCGUUUUAACUGCCAGGAAAACAGUUUAAAUCCAGCAGCGAGUGGUUGUCCGCCACCCACGGCGUGGGAAUUGCUGGUGCAA